UAACAUACCUGAACUGUAACUGGACGGACUGUGACCCACCAUGUCUUGAUAAAUUACUGGGCAGGUAGUUGACGGGGUUGUUAAAGAACGGGUAGGACCGUAGGAGGAGCGGAGCGGAGCGUUGUUCUGUUGUCUGGGAACGAGAUCCAGACCGUUUAUACGCUCUUUGUGAGAUCUGAACCGUUGAUGCGUUCGGUUUUCUCAUCACCUUCGUCCAUUUUCUACGAUCGGCAAAAGAUGGGUUCCCUCGCAAUCCUUCCUCCGACCACCGCGUCCUGUUCUCCCCGCCGCCGCCACCUCCUCGUGCGGCAGGUGAUCGCCGCCGUUCUCCAGCGCCGGCCCCUCCCUCCCCCCUCCCCACGCUUCCCCGGCUGGACCUCCGAUACCGUCCGCGACGUCCUUUCCUCCAUCUCCACCUACUUUUUCCUCUCCCCCCGCUCCGUCGGCCGGCAGCGCCCCUCCGGUCGCCACCGCUCCCCACUUCGCCAGCGCUCCCUCCGCUGCGAGUCCUCAUCCGCCCGUGGCCCCGCCGCCCGCCGCGACCCCGACACCGUUGCCCUUGGCGUCGCCGGCGCCCUUGAGUUCUACUCCUGGGCGGAGUCCCGCUGUGGCUUCCCCCACGACGAGCUCACUUGCCUAGAUAUGUCCCGCCUCCUCGCCCGGGCCAACUGCCUUCCCAUCCUCUGGCGCUUCCUCCGCGCAAACGAGACCCUCGUCGGCACCGCCACAGUCACCGAGGUCAUCAAGGUCCUCGGCGAGGAGGGCCUCACCAAGGAAGCCUUGGCUGCCUUCUACCGCAUGAAGCAGCUGCACUGCAAGCCCGACGUCCGUUCUUACAACACCGUCAUCUCGGCCCUGUGCCGCGUCGGCCACUUCAAGAAGGCGAGAUUUCUAUUGGAUCGGAUGGAACUGCCGGGCGCCCGGUGCCCACCCGAUACCUUCACAUACACGAUCUUGAUUAGCUCCUACUGCAAGCACAGCUUGCAGACUGGCUGCCGGAAGGCCAUCAGGAGGAGGAUCUGGGAAGCCAAUCACAUGUUCCGGAGGAUGCUGUUCAACGGAUUCGUACCUGAUGUUGUCACAUACAAUUGCUUGAUCGAUGGCCUCUGCAAGACGUAUAGGAUCGAGAGGGCACAUGAGCUGCUUGAUGAUAUGCCGGUGAAGGGCUGUUCCCCGAAUCGGGUUACAUACAAUUCUUUUAUUAGGUACUACAGCGUCGUUAACCAAGUCGACAAGGCCGUCGAGAUGAUGAGGGCCAUGGUAUCACGGAACCACGGGAAGCCCACCUCAAGUUCAUAUACACCUAUUAUUCACGCAUUGUGUGAAACUGGGAGAGUUAGGGAGGCAAGAGAUUUUUUGGUGGAGAUGGCAGCUAGUGGAUCUAUGCCGCGGGAGUUCACAUAUAACCUGGUUUGCAGUGCGCUGAAUGAUGCAGGAGAGGAAACUCUGCCGAAGGAUCUUUGCACAAGGAUAGAAGAUGGAAUGCAUACUAGAUUUAGGCAGGUGUUGCAGUUGAAACCCAUGAUGGGGGGCAAAAGCAUGUUUAUUCAAGAGCAAGUAUGAGGAAUGUGUAUCCUGUGAUGGUGCUCAAAGCGAAGGGCAUUAUGCAUUGAUACACCUCCUGUUCUUGGGUGAGACCUUCUGGUUGAAACAAUUUGGAGAAAUCCAGGAUAUGAUUUCUAUGGCUCAAAAUCACUCUACAAGAUCUUGGUUUCUUCAUCAAAGGAAGAAGAUCCUUCAGCUUCAAAUAGUCAACAAUGAAGUCAUACAUAAGUCUCAAAUUUCAUCACAAGUACACCUGGCAAAAGAGGACUGAAGUAAUGUUAUCAUGUCAUUGUAAGAAGUAGCUUCAAUUAACUGGCCAACUAGUAUCUAUAGCAGUUUCUUGUAUUUUGUUUGUUUUUUCUGCUACAGGAAGGAUGUAAAGGGUCGAGAAUCUUUACUGAUGACAUGAUAAACUUAUGCUUUUUGAAAUGUUUGACCUUUUAUUAAUCAAUCAAUGCAGCUAGACUGCAAUUAUGGAAUAUGAGACUACCAUAGUAUAUGAUUUGGCCAUGUGGUUCUGUUUAAUAAUUCUCUAGCAUUGCAUAGCUUUAAGAACAUAUUGUUGAAUGAAGUUUAUGGUGCAAAUCAUACAAUGGAUUCAACGUAGAAUUACUCGAAUAAUUGGGAUUAAGUUAUCUUGUAACCUGAAAUAAGAUAAGAGUUUUUCCACCUUUGUUUCAAAAUAAGUCGUUUAUGCUUGGCAUGUUAAUGUUUCAAGCACCUAUUCAGCGUAGCACCAAUUUUAUUCAGUUAUUGAUUCAUCGUAUUAUUGCAUUGUUGACAUUAUUGCAUUGUUGACAACUGAAUAGUCUGAGAAGUGAAAUAACAAGGGCUGCAUGGAGCUUAGUCGUUUUUAAAUAACGUGGGAUUAAUUAUAUAUUAUCCCUUAUAGUUAGCUAUCUUUAAUAUCCUAAUUCAUAUACUUUAAAGGUUACAUUAGCAUUCAUAUAGUUACAAAAGUGAAACAUCUAGAUCCAUUUAUCGUAAUGUCAUCGGUUUUACCAAUGGAAACACGAAAACAAAAGGAAAAAAAAUAAUUUUAAUAUUAUAGUUGGUGGUGGUAGACGACGAUGUCGUCGGGGGCCGCAGGUUGCUAUUGUGGAUGAGGAGAGUGCUGACGAGAGGUGAAGGUCGUUCUGCAUCUAUGUCGAUGGCUCUUUCGUCACUCAGCAACUACGUCGACGCUAAUGCAGUUGCCAAGCAGUGAAAGGGUCAUUGAUGCAUAUGUCGAGUGGCCAUUUCAUCACUUAGCAAUUACAUUGACAUCGACGUAGAUGUAGAGUGACGAAAGGGACACUCGACAAUUGUGUCGAUGUCGACAUAGAUGCAGAAUAGUCCUCACAUCUUAUCAUCACUCUCCUCAUCCACAAUAGCCACCCGUAGCCCUCAACGAUACACCACCAUCUGCCACCAUCGACAUUGUCCGCCAUCACCAAUUGAAACAUUAAAAUUAUAUUUUUAUCUUUUAUUUUUGUGUUUUUGUUGAUAAAACCAAUAACGUUAUGAUAAAUGGAUAUAGAUGUUUCAUUUUCGUAACUAUAGGGACCAAUGUAACUUUUUAAAAUAUAGAGACCGAGAUACUAAAAGUAACUAACCAUUGAGGGGUAGUAUAUAAUUAGCUCUACCAUCAUGGAAUAUCUAUUUGAGCUGAAUGAAAGCAUGUCUUCUGGUAAUUAGCAAUACAUUGUCUUAAGGAAUGAAGUUCUUUUAUCUUUCUCAAGUGAGAUAUUCCUAGAAAAAAAGUUUCAAAUCUGUUCAAAUAUCUAUAUUUAGUAAAAAUAUUUCACGCAUUUUAAGAAAAUCGAUGCAUAUGCAAAUUAAAAUAGAAUAUAGGAUAAUAUUAUUUUCUUGCACUAGACUGGCAUGUGUUCUUUUCUUGGAAAUUGAUUGGUGAUGUUAAAGAGGGGUUGAUAGUCAUGGCAGCCCAUGCCUCACUCGAUUUCCCUUAUUUUGUUUGUAGUUCCAGGAUCAUACGCUAUCAGUGCAAAUAACACUAAGAACAUAAAAAUUUGAUUUCAUAACUCUAUCUCGUCAUCCCCUAAUCAAAUUCUUUUUGGUUGCA